GUUUUAGUCUUAGCGUUGCUAACAUACAAUUUAGAAACCGUGCCUGACUGUUACCAGUUUUCACUUAAGCUAAAUUCAGCAAUGUCAUCAUUUUUAGGACUUCUGUUUUGAAGUGACUCUCGUGGUUUCCGAGUAAACUAAUUACACGGGCCCUAAAAUCUUCUACACCUCACUCCAGAAACAAUUUACGACAUCUUAACGACAAUCAAAGUAUGACUAAUAUCAAGGUCGGUAUUAUUGGAGGUUCCGGAUUCAAUGAUCCAAAUUUAUUCAAACAAGUGAAAGUGAAGAGUUACAACCCAGUUUGGGAAUCCUUCAGACGUUCUAACAGAAGGUCUUAUUGGAGAUGUUCCAUGUGUUAUACUUCCCAGACAUGGAAAGGAACACGUAGUAUUGCCCAGUGAAGUUAAUUAUCGGGCAAAUAUAUGGGCACUGAAAGAGGCUGGAUGUACUCACAUUUUAGCCACUUGUGCCUGUGGUAGUUUGCAGGAGCACGCACAACCAGGGGACUUUUUGGUUCUCGAUCAGUUUUAUGACAGAACUAAUGGCCGAGAGGUUUCAUUCUAUGGUAGCAGACCGGGUGCAUUAAAAGGAGUCCUACACAUGCCUAUGGCGGAUCCGUUUUGUGAAGAAACACGCCAGAUUUUAAUUCAAGCCGCCAAGAAUCUAUCCUUGGAUAUCUAUGAUCGAGAUAGUGGGAAGACCGCCCCUAAGCAUCCAUGUGUACAUACCAAAGGUUCCGUAAUCACCAUCAAUGGCCCACGUUUUUCUACUCGUUUCGAAUCGAAGUUAUUCCGAAGUUGGGGUUUGGAUUUAGUCGGUAUGACAUUAGUGCCUGAGGUUUCAUUAGCUCGUGAAGCAGGUCUGAGUUAUGCAUCUUUAGCCAUUGUAACGGACUAUGAUUGUUGGAAAGCAGAUCAAGCUCAUGUUUCUGUUGAUAUUGUUUUGCAAGAAUUUCGCAAAAGUAUAGAUAAAGUUAAAAAGGUUGUACUCGAAGCGGUGAGAUUGAUUGGUGCUCGUGACUGGACUAAAACUAUUGAGGCCAACCAGUUGCUAGUUCAAAACUCUCGUCAAGAUUUGGCUCACGCGAAAGGCGCAGGACUUCUUAGGGGUGUGAAGAAUGCAAACAAUGUUCUGAAGAGAAAUCCUUAA